AUGUCAUCCGUACAGGCUUUUAGGAAUACUUGGUGGUAUCUAUACAUUGUUCUACUAUACAUCAGCACAGCAGUAGCCACUAAAAGAGAAUAUGUACUUAACAUUACGAGCUUUAAAACAGAGCAAGGGAGAUCGCUAAUAUCAGUAAACAAUUCGAACAAUACCAUCGGUCCAACGCUACGAGUGGCUCCUGGUGAUGAUGUACAUGUUCUAGUCAACAACUUCUACGAUGAAUCGACAGCUAUACAUUUCCACGGAUUGGUUUUCGACAAUGGCAACAGUGACACGGAAACCGUCAGUAAUGGUUAUGAUGGUGUGCCCGGAGUUACGCAGCUACCAAUAGAACCUGGCUACGGUUUCUGGUACAACUUUACAGUCCCACACUCUACCUGUGGGACAUUCUGGUAUCACUCUCAUUCGUCUGUUCAGUAUGGGGAAGGUCUCAGGGGUGUUGUUAUUGUUGACUGUAAGGCCAUGAAUCGCCACAUCAAAGACGUAAUAUCCCCUUCAAGAACUGUGCGUGAAGAAAUAAUCACCCUAAGUGACUGGUAUAAAGUCCCUCACAACGAGCUUCUGGAGGCGCUAUGGGAAAAGGCAGGCAGCACUGAUCCCAGGGUGGAGGGCUCUCUGUUCAACGGCAGCGAAGCAAAUGGUAUGCAAAUACCUGUCCAAGAUCUGAAUGCAGACGCAUAUCUGAAAUUGAGGCUGAUCAAUAUGGCCAUGAGCAGCACUCAGGUCUUCCACAUAGAGAACCAUGAGAUGAUUAUUGUAGAAGCAGACGGCAUUCUCGUCAAACCCUGGACAACUAAAACUCUCACAUUAGCUGUGGGCCAACGCUAUACCGUCCUAGUUAAGCUAGACCCAAGUAAAUCCAACUCACGUAUUAUUCACGCCUCCAACAAGAUGAUGGGUUACAUUACUAAGACGCAUUGGCUUGCGUAUAACCAUAACAUUACAUCACGUGAUGAUGACUUUCCCAGUACAAACGUCAAGUACCUGCCGGACUUCACUAGGAGGGAGCUGUACAAGCAUCUGGAGCCCCUGGACCGCUCUAUCCUUCCCGCGCCCGUCCAGCGCCUUUCUCUCGACUACUAUUUUGAUAAGUCUGCCAGCACCCUCGAAAAAUACCACUCCGGAAUGUACCUAGUCAACUCAACCACGCUUGACGAGUACACCCCAGACAGCAACUCCUCCGCGCUCCUUCAUGGGGCGGUUUCGCGGCGCCCUCCGAUUGCGCUCCCCUAUAACAUCACCGUUGAGGUCGCCUUAAACAGCGUAGAUCACAUGACUCACCCAUGGCACCUACACGGGCACUCUUUCCAGCUGAUAUCCCUUGGCCUCAGCAACGGUGGGCCCCUCCACUGGGACGUAACCGUCAGCCCGGCCUACAAAAAAUAUACACGUGACCUCCACUUUUGGGAAACGUCAUCCCAAGUCCCUAUGACAAGAGACAGCAUAAACAUCCCCGGACAUUCCUACGCCGUCGUACGCUUCCAAACAGACAAUCCCGGCUACUGGCUACUACAUUGCCACGUCGACUGGCAUAUGGCUAAGGGCUUGGGUGUUGUUUUCAAGGAGGGUAUUGACGAAAUAACGACGCAAAAAUUUCCAGCAACUUUCAAAGUUGGCUCUACCGGCCACACUACAUUAUCCCCAGCGCCAAAAGCACCAACUGUCACUAUAUCGCAUGAAAAGAUCAAAGUACUCUCUAUCUACACACUAAUCAUGUGCUUGAUUAACUAUGCUUACUACGUACUAAUUAUGUAA